AUGAUUGGAUUCAGUCAAACAAACGAUUUAUUGGGAAUGUUUCCCUCGAAUUUAAAAGAUAGUCCAAUGACAAAUUGGUCGGAUCAAACCUCAAUAACAAAUAAUUUUUGUGAUGAAAUUGAUGAAAUUGACGAAAUUAUGAAGCAUGAACACGACGACGCUAUUUUAAUUGAUGAUCCUUUAUAUGUUACAUCAAUUGAUUUUGACUUAGAUUCUAUAUCUGAUUUACUUGAAAAUCAAUCUUCACCAGGAACAUCAAGUUAUACUCAACCAUUGAAUAUAAAUGAUCUUCCAACAACAUAUACAAAUGAGAAUAAUAAUAAUUCUCUAUCCAAUACAACAGCAACAUCAGGACAUUCAUCAUCGGACAUUAGUCCAAAAUUUAUAACAUUAAGUAUCGAUAAUAAUCGUUUUCAACAAUUUACUCAAUCAAAUAAUGUAAACCUGCCACCGUCUGUUCAACAACAACAAGAAAACGCUAUUCUUGGUCGAUCAUAUCCUUUUGAAAUACAAAGUAACACAAGCGGUCCAUCCGAUGUUAAACGUUUUCGUUCGGCUAGUAUGAAUGAUGGACCAACAUUACAACAACAAAAUAAAUUAGAUCCUCAGUUAUUUGAUCCGUAUCGGUUGAAAUCAUCAAUUUACAAUAAUUCAACUUCGUAUCAAAAUAAAUCAUCCAAUACAAAUGAUGUUUCAUCAACUCCAAUUUGGUCUUUGACCAAUGGUACCAGACCAAUAUCAAACUCUUUUUCUGAAUUUGAAAAUCGCAACAAACAGCUUCAUUCAAAUCGAUGUCCAUCUGCAUCUUUUAGUGGUUCACCGAGUAUGAAUUUUCGUAAUCAAACAAUAUUCCCAAAUGAAAUAAAUAUUCAAUCACAAACAUUAUAUUCAAUAAAUCAAUCUACUGAAGAAGAUUCAACUCCUUCAACUCGAAAACGAUUAUCAUUAGUUGAUUUUCCUGUUCAAGAAAUUAAAAAUGAUCCAGAAAGUCCAAGUGGUACGAUCGAACAGCAUAGUGAACCUGAUCUAUGGUCCGAUAUUGAACAAAAUUCAUCUGAUCAUAUUCAAGAUGAUGAUGACAUCACAUCAGACGAAGAAACAAAUCUAUCAUCAGCAGCAGCAGCAGCUGUAAGAAAAUCAUCUGAAACACAUUCAUCAUCGUCGUCUCUUUUCUGGCAAUAUAAUGUUCAAUCGAAAGGACCUAAAACAAAACGAAUACUUUAUUUAAAAGAACGCGAUCCACAUUUAUAUCGCGAAUUUAGUGAUCCAGUUUAUCAAAUAAAAUUAACGCAAACAAAAGGGCAAACAUUUAAUAAAUUACGAAAAGGUGAUGGGAACGAUGUAACACCAAAUCCUAUGAAACUUUAUCAACUGGGUAAACAAAUUCGCGAUCUUUCAAAUAAUUCAUCGUCUGUUUAUCAUGGCAUAUAUCAUGUUGAUCAUCAUAUAAAUAGUAAUGAUACAGUUGAAGUUAAAAAGCAAAAGAAUAAAAUCGCUAGCAGAGCAUGUCGACUUCGUAAAAAAGCACAACAUGAAGCAAACAAACUUAAAUUACAUGGUCUAAACGACGAGCAUAAAGCGUUAAACGAUAUCAUAGCAGCAACAAAAUUAAUUAUUCUUAAACGAUAUCGUGAUGGCCAACUUGCUUCACCAUCAUCGCCACCAAAGCAAUCACUUGAAACUGCACUUGAUCAACUUAUUGCUAAGAAAUACGGCCAACCAGUCGCUGGCAAUGGAGAUGCUUUUGUUCAAACAAUAAUAAAUGAUAUGGAGCGUUUAUAUGCUCUCAAAGAAAAGCGAAGCUACAGUCUUAAAACAUAA